AAAUGUGACCCAUUUUAGCCCAGAAUAUUUUGCUGAGUUUAUUUUUCCUGUGCCUAAAGAUUUAUUUUAUUUUUAUUUUAUCGAAUGAAGAAUUUUUUUGAUAAAAGUAAAAGUGGAUAACAGUGUGUGGAGAAAGUAAGUGAUAGUAGUGCCGAGCCGUAAAUGUGGGUCGUCUCGCCGACUGCGCUUCUUCUUGGAGAGAUUUCUCCCGGUUUCGCACCAAUUAGCCGACUUCGAUAGCCCGGUUUCCACCUGUCUAUUCCCUCGUUACGGAGGAUCAAUGCCUUAUCGCGUGUUUUCCCCGAUGCUGCAUCGUCGCUCAUCACGCCACGUCCUAAGCCUCCGUCACUUCACGAUGUGUCGGGUGAUCCUCCUCUCCCUCCUGGUGGCUGUCCUGUCGACCUCGGCCUCCUCAGAGCUAUGUCCGAAUGUCUGUGUUUGCAAAUGGAAGGGAGGUAAGCAGACGGUCGAGUGCUUGGACCGAAGUCUCAUUACAAUACCCGACAAUAUCGAACCAGCGACACAGGUUUUGGACGUUUCUGGAAACAACUUACAGAUAUUACCCCGUGAUACAUUUGUGAGAAUUAACCUACUUAACCUACAAAGACUGUAUAUUCGUAGCUGUAAGCUGGGUCAGAUAGAUCCAGAGGCUCUUCGUGGAUUGAAAAAUCUCGUCGAGCUGGACUUAUCCGACAACUUGCUCACCUCUAUACCUUCUUCCACAUUCAACGAUGUUCCUUUCCUCAGAGACCUGACCUUAGCUCAUAAUCCUAUCCAAAAAGUCGAAGGCUUCGCUUUCCAAACUGUACCCAACCUUAUCAAAUUAGAUUUAUCACAAUGUCAACUACAGUUUAUCGCCCCAAAGGCUUUUGAGGGGGUAGAGCAGUUGGAGAAUUUAAGACUUAACGGAAACAAACUUCGAGAGCUUAGGCCGAAAACUGUCGAGAGGUUGAGUAGGCUUCACGGGGUUGAAAUGCACGACAACCCGUGGGUUUGUGAUUGUAACCUUCGAGAAGCUAAGAUGUGGCUGAUUGAGAAAAACAUACCCUACCCAAUUUCUCCUACUUGCAUCGGAGGACCUGAUAGAGUUCUUGGACGCUCUUUCAACGAACUCGACAUCGAAGACUUUGCUUGCAAACCUGAAAUACGGUUGGAUUCGAGAUACGUCGAAGCAACAAAAGGUGACAACGCAACCAUUGUGUGCAAAGUGGAGUCUGUCCCGGCCGCCCACGUAAACUGGUACUGGAAUGGAAGACAUCUGGUCAAUAACUCCGCUUUCAGUUCAUUCCAAAGAGUAGUUAUCGUGGAGAGUGGAGACUUUGAGAAGAAAAGCACGUUAAUAAUAACGAACGCGCAAGAAGCGGAUUCCGGGGAGUUCAACUGUUUGGCAGAGAAUAGAGCGGGCAACGUUGAAGCCAACUACACUCUACACGUGAGGCCUAGGAUAGCAGGAAUGGCCACCCUUAACAAUGGACAGAUUGUUGGUGUUAGCGCCGCUUUAGUGAUUUUAAUCCUCGUUUUCCUUUUAGUUAUUCUGGUGCUAUUAAUGCGGUUCAGAAGGACAGCAGUUGUAGACACUAAAACACCAAAUCAGAUGGAAUCAGUUCCAAACGGCAAUGCGGGCUGUUCCGCGAAGCCGACUUCCCCAAUGACCAUGGACAACGCGGGGUUCGGCGAGAAGAAAACUGCACCUUCCGAACUAAAUUUGAAUCCUAUACAAAAACCUCCGCGGAGUGAAAUGUCGUUCACGUCAUCUUACGGUGGAAGCAUAGUGAACCCUCAGUUCAUCAAUCCAGCUUCAAACCCGGACUUAAUAAACGAUACAAAAAGACCGGACUACGAGUUGGAUGAAGCGUCGCUUCAGCAGAGGCCUGCCAGUGGGGAGUACGCGAGAGCGGGAGAGUCCCUGUACCCCUCGGGCCUGUGGGACCAAGCGGCGCCUGGGGAGCUCCAGAGGUCAACGAGUACGAACUUCGGGUACGACUCCAACGACAAGACUCCCAUCAUCGACGGCAUGUCUGUGGAGGAGGACUACUCCAGAGCUCUGGAAGGAUACCCUCCUGACUACGGUCUUCCCAUCCUACCAACCUCUAGUCCUGGAGUGUCACCUACCAACCCUCCACAUCCUAGUGCGAAGACGCUGCGAGUGUGGCAGAGAGGAGUUCCAGUGCUACCUCCAGUCACGGCACUCAAACGUGUCCUGUCGAGAAACUCUCCCGACGAAGGAUAUCAAGAAGGCUGCGGAACUGACGUGUAAAGUAGGUUGUAAAUAUUGUGAUUCAUGUCAAGACGGUUGUUGAGGUGUUUGUAUGUGAUGAAUUAAUAUUUAAUUCGUACUAGUGAUAAGUUCCGAUAGUCUGAAUAAACCAAAAUAGGAAUCGUAA